GUAAUCAGAGAUGCGGUGGCGAGCGUAUUCCUAACGCUUAGCACGAUGCGCCACACCGCCGAGACGAAAGCUUUAGAUUUAACUGUGUUGACGUGAUUACACAUCUCGAAUUCAAAUCCCAUCCUCAAAUUGGAUAAAAAAUGCCGAGCAUGAAAGAUUCCAGUCCUUCCAAAUAAACUUUUUACAUAUUGUGAGAUACCAGGGCUGUUUCUACAAAGCCUUCUUCGAAGCGAAACACGUCAAUAAGCGUCGUACAAGAAAAGUGUGUUUUUAUAACUUGUCUAUUAUCCUUGCUGAUAUAACAUGGUGAUUGGCAGUGUGGACCUACCAACAUUUGAUCUCCAGGAAGAAGCAUCGAAAUAUGCUCAUAUUGAAUACACUGAUCAUAAUACGCUCAUAAUUUUUGCUAACCGUUUUUCGCUCACCCAUUGAUUUUUUAAAGACUGCAAAGUUAGGACUGGAAUAUUAUGAGUGCCCUCUGCUGGAGAGAGAGUCUCCAUGGCUACGCUUGCCGCGAGCAUGCGUGUACUUCUUUGUUAUUGUGGGGUUUGUUUUUAUUAUGAUUUCGUCGAUUUAUUAUGACACGCUAUUCUGAUAAUAAUUUACAGUGUAAUUUAGAAGUGGAAAGUAGAAAAUUGGCCCAAUUUAUAUAGUAAAACAAUAGCUGCUGUAGUUUUAUUUGUGGACUAUCCUCAGAACUAGGUAUCCGUCAAUCCAUGUGCCUGUUGUCUGCGUUGUUUGUCCUGUAGUCUGAAAUAGUGAACUACACUCUGACACGGGAACAAAAAUAUCUGCAUCUCCUGAUCACUGGCUUAAUGACUCCACGGAUAAUCUGAAUUAUGAUUUGUAAGCCAGUGGGUUUCUGAUCAAACAACAUGAAUGAAGCUUCAACUCCCAACUUUAAUCUUGGACACAAAGUGAAAAAAGAAGAUGUGGAUCUUUAUUCAUGGGCGGAUGAGGAACGAGAAAAAUCUCCAAGACAAAAUGAUAGAAAUUCUCAUAACCGUUUUGAGCUUGAUGUCAAACCUCUGAUCAGUUCAUCCAGGUGGCUUCAACUCCAUGGCUUGAAGCGGAAUCGAUUAAAACUUCAUCAAAUCUUGUCUAGAAUUGGAUUCAAGCACACUGAUAGUUAUAUAAAGAGUUUGAAGAAACCUGUUGGAUCAUAUUACGGUGAAGGAUUGUUCAAACAAAUGAGAACAAACGGAGGAAAAACAUACAAUAUAACUGUUGGCAAAGAAACCUUACAUGAAAUUGAAAAUAACUUGACGCAAUCACUGAGAUUAAUAAAAAGGCGACAAGAAUGGUUAACAAGCGGGAGCCGAAAAAUAUUUGGUGUGAUACAGGAACAUUGUAUUUGUAUUGUACUUGAUGUAUCAACAAUGGUUCAAUCUCAGUUUGACAUGUACAGGGAAGCUGUUUGUGAAGUUUUGCAAGACCAAGUUACCCAGCUUGCUAAAUUCAACUUGAUUCGGGCUCAAAGUGACAUUCUUAUGUGGCAAGAUGCUGCAUCACCUGUUAGUGAUGUCACAAUUAAAAAUUCAAUGGACUGGGUCAAAGGUCUUGAUAGAAUGGCUGAAAUAUCAAACACAAGUUGUACAGAAGCUGUUAUCAAGGCUUGUGAAGAUGACACACUGGAAGCUGUUUAUCUAUUUACGGAGGGAGAUGUCAGCGAAUCAUCCAAAGAAUUACUUCGCCAAAAAUUAAAAGAAAGUCCAAUUCCGCUUCACACAAUUUCAUUCAAUGCAACAAAAGCAAGUACUGUUACAUUUCUUAAAAGUCUUUCAGCAGAGACAGGUGGAAGAUUUCAUGCCUUCGUUGUGAAAUCAGAAUAUGAAGAUGAUGAUGACAUACUGCAUAAAACCAGUGGCUAUCCACUUAAUGGAACAACUGCUAAUAUUAUGUCUAGCAUGAGAUUGUCUCAAAAAUCUCGUGGAGGAUUGCCACACGGUGCAGGUGUUCGGGAGGAUGUUUUUCUUAUUUGGAAUGAACAAGAAGAAGCUCGUAAUAUUCUAGCUGAUAUUCAAGCACUUAUUUCCAACAUAGAAGAAGAAUGUGAACAGAGAGUGGAUAGUCAAGCUCUGGUGCCCGUUUUAACAAAGCGACAAGAAGCAAAUUUAUCAUCAAAAGAUUGGCUGCGUUUACAUGGACUAGAAGCGAACAGACUGACUAUAUUUCAUGCGCUGGCAAGUUUUGCAUUCAAGCAUAUUGAUGACGUCAUAGAACUGCAGGGCAAACCAACUAAUACAAUGGGGAAUGAUGCGCAUCAAAUAUUGAAGCUGAUUGAAGCCAAAUAUUGCAAAAAUUUUCCACAUAUUGUUUGGAAAGAUAAUCAAGUUGUCCAUGUCUAUGUAUCUGCUGAAUUAUUUCGAAGUUAUGAAAGGAAAAUGAAGACAUUAUUGAGCACGUUCCAACAGAGAAUUGAUUGGUUACAACAGGGCAGCAGAGAGGUUUUUGGUUCAAUAUUGGAAGAAAGAAUUUAUUUUGUCAUUGAUACUUCUCAUUCGAUGGGCGAAAAUUUACCAGUUUUGAAGGAGAAGUUGAUGCAAUUGUUUCAGGAACAGCUGAGACAUAAAUCUGAAUUCAACUUGGUCAAAUUCGAAACUAAAGCCUCGUCAUGGAAACCGAGAUUAGAAGAAGUAACGGAAGACAGUUUGCAAAAAGCUUGGCACUGGGUUCGAAAUUUGGAACCUGGUGGGAGUACAAACACUCUUGCAGCUCUUCGUAUUGCUUUGUCUGAUCCCAAUACUGAAGGAAUAUAUUUGUUAACUGAUGGGAGGCCUGAUCAGCCAUUGCAUUGUGUCUUGAGUCAAAUUCAACUUCGAAAACCUGUUCCCAUCCAUACAAUAUCUUUUAAUUGCAAUGACGCAGAAGCAAAUCAAUUUUUACAUCAACUUGCUCUUGAUACUGGUGGAAGAUAUCAUUGCUACACAACACAUGGUGGACUUCCACAUGGACCUAUUCCAUUUGAGAGUGAAGAUGUAUCUUUAUUGAAAUCAGAACUUCAACGAGGAAGAGAUGAUUUGCAAAGAAUGUCUGAUCUUCGGGCUAAAUGUGUUAUGUUAGAUUGGUAUUACAACAGAAAAACCAAGAAAGAUUCGCCGUCGAAUGACAAAAGAGUAGCUUUACGUAUGCCGUCACCUCCACCAAGCGCACCCUGUUGUCUUGCACAAAAGAAGGCCAAAUCUUUACCACCAAGUUCACCAAAAUAUGAAGACACUGCUGUGCCUGGGAGGCCUAGCACUGCAUUAGGAAUCACAACACAACCUACAUUACUAGAAAUAUCACAUAAACAUCAUAGAGGACAAUUUGGUGUGAAUGAUGAAGAAAUGUUUUCAACCGAAAUUAAACAAAUAACUAAUGGAGAUAUCAGUCACAGAACGAAUUCUUCAGAUCAAAUUAGGACAAAUGAUAACAAGAGGAAAUCAAGAAAAAAGAAGAUUCGUGAAGUUCCAAACACUGUUUGGUUGAAAACAAAUGGUCUAAUGGCAAAGAAAAUGACAAUCAUGGAUGCACUUGGUCCGACUGUCAUUCGACAACGUAGAAAAUAUAUUCCUAUACUUAACAAGCAUGUUUUAUCAAAAGUAUUUGACGAUGUAUUGCCUAUAGCUCAUGUUUCCCCUCGAAGCAAAAAAGAAAUUCGACUUGUUAAUCCGAAUGCAGUUCAUCUGGAAGUUUAUGAAAGAGAACUGCAAAAACUUCUUGAAAGUUACAGAAAUCGACUCAACGGUCAAAUAUGGAAUCAUCUUUCUAAGGUGGAAAAAGAUAAAUAUGGAAGCAAAGAUACUUUCUACUAUGUUAGAGAUCCAGAAUACGAAUCUGAAACUGUGAAAGAUGAAGUUGAUGUGAUAUUAGAAGAGAAAGGAUGGCCAAUUCCAAAACAUCAAAUUCAAGUUUUGUUAGAUGAAAUUCAUUUGGGUGAAAAAUAUCUACAACAAUCUAUAGACUUACAAACAGCUGUAAUCGAGACUUCCACAGAACAGAAGAAAAAACCCAAAUCACCUCAAGAUUUGAAUACACCAACUAAAAGGCCUGGAAGGAAACGUCGACCUCGGAACCCGCGAAAAGCAGCAGUCCCUGUUGCAGUUAGUACAGAAUCAUCAAGUACUUCAGACAAUGAAGGAAGCGUUUCUACAAGCCAGUCCUCUAAUAAUCAAACAAAUGAUGAUCAUGAGGAUGAUGAGACUGAAACAGAGCCAGUAUCUGAAGAUCACAAUGAAAAGGAUCCUUAUAAUGUAAAAGAUAUUUUAAAAUAUCUUUCUGGAGAAAUUGUUGUUGCAAGGUCAGAAUUUGAUGGAUUUUAUUAUGAUGGAACAUUAAUGCAAUGUCUUGAUAUGAGAUAUGCUCAUAUAAGAUUUAAUCAUGGAGAAGAUCAAAUAACAUCAACUAGAUAUAUUCUACCACUUUCGCAGGAAUUACCACAGCCCUCACUCAGGCUUGGUGAUUAUGUUCUUGCGAAAACAAGAACAAGUACCAAAGAACCUGUCCAUUAUGUUCCUGGUAUUGUUGUCGGUUUGCCAGAAAAAAGAAAGUUAUUCUCAAAUCACUACAAAAUUCUACUCUGUGACAACUCAAAGAAGCGUGCUUUACGACAAACAAUUAUAAAAAUUGACGAAACUCGAUACAAACUUGCAGUCCAGUUCAUCAAAGCAAGAUUGGAAAGACUUGGAUGUGAUCUUGAACGUGAAAGUAUAAGCGAUGAUGAUGAUUCCUGUUCACAAGUGAGCGUUGUCUCGAAUACUCAACAGUUUACUGAAGUAAAAGAGAAAAUAAAAAUUUUACAAGAAAUGCUCAAAAAACAAACAACCGAAAUUGAAAGAUUACGUAAAAAAGAGAAAUCUUCUCCAAAGCCAAUCCCGACUCCUGUGAAAGAAAUAAUUCAUGUUGAAGACAGAAUGACAUCACCUAUUCCACAGCAAGACGCUUCAGUUCGCGAUAUUGGGGUUCAAAGUGAGCCAGAGGUUGUGAAAAAGGUAAAAGAACCGGUACAAGAACCAAUACAAGUUAGUUUGGACAAAGAAAAUCAAGCGGUCACUAUCACAAAUGGGGAUACAGGUGUAGUACUUUCUCGUCACCAUCCUAAUGACUUUAGAGCUCCACUUGAAAUUGGUCAAGAAGUUUUGGCUAAAUUUGAUGAUGAUGGCUGGUAUUAUCGUGGAACAAUUAAGAAUAUCUAUGGGAAUGGACAAUAUGAUGUGACUGAUGCUAAUAAUUCAAUUUCGAGAGUAUCGAGAGACAAUGUAAUAUUAGAUGAAGAAGAUGCCAAGAAUAAAAUUACAGCUCAUCAUCGUAUUGUUGCAUUACAUCCAUCAUAUCUUCACAGUUACGCACCAGCUAUUGUACUUACUGUUGAGAAUUUGAAAUAUUAUGUCAAAUUUUAUGAUGAUUCAGAAUCUGUAUUACCACGAGAGGAGGUUUAUUUGAUAACUAAUUUAAAAUAUGAGGACAACAUUGCAUACAUAGAUCAAUGUGAACAGCGAUGGGAAGGACAAGCUGUUGUUGCCAGAAAUGAUGCUGAUGGACUAUAUCACCUGGCUUUCUGCAAACGAAGGAUUGGAAGAACUCGUAGAUUCACCCUGCAAUGGUCUGAUGGAACUACAAGUGAACAAUACCUGGCUCAUAUGUUCGGAGCACUCAGUCGAAAACAUGAUUUUGAAACAGGAGAUCAUAUUCUUGCUAUACCAGAUUUACAGAAUGCAACUUAUUUACCAGGAUUUGUCACAGGCAUCAGUGAUAUGGGAUUAACUGUCAACUUCUGUAAUGGAUCCUGCUCACAUGAAAUCCCUCCUACAUUGAGUUAUUAUCUCGCCAAAGAAUAUUAUGAACAAGCUGUCGAGUACUAUGACAGAUUGAGAUGAAUCGUGGAAUUGUCAUAUCACACUGUGAUUGAUUUAUCAUCUUCCAAAGCCAAAUAUAACUGAUUUAUGUUCACAAUGGAGAUGUAGUCUUGAUAAUUUUGUUAAUUCACUCAUAAAAAAAUGGCCCGGUGCUGGUGCUGAUGUUAUAUUGUUCCUACAUAUCUCAUAUUUACAUGGAAAGAAGAGGCUUCCUUAACAUAUGUCAAUCUAUAGUUAGAUGAUGAUUAUUGCAACAGAGGCAUUGCACUUUCUGGUUAAAAUACCCUUACAUUAUUAGAUUUUUAUAAUGAUAUAUAAUAUUGAUCAUGUUUGCAUGUGAUAGUGCCUUACCAUCUGAUACUGUUUCAUUGUUUAUAGUGUGCAUGUUUUCUCUCUUGUUAUUUACUUUGAUAUUGUUAUAUUCAUAAUCAAUAUUACUAAUAUACUUUUUGUCUUGCUGUUAUUUAUAAUUCUCUUUGUGUCUGAUCGGAAGUGAUAGAAUUAGAUAUCCAGAAUUUGCUUAUGAUAUGUUUUACGGCUAUAUAUGUAUUCUGUGACAGUUUACUUGUUCUUGAUAAAUAUCAAUUACAACAAGUAAACGGGUGAGGAUUACUUUCAAAUAAUUAGUUCAUAUAUUGGUGAAUUUUUCAUUGCUUUGUAGCCUUGCCCCAAGCCCCCAAUAAUUCAUUUUACCUUCACAAUAGAACCAUAAUUUAUAUACAAGCUUAGUUUCAAAGUUUUGAUGUUAUAUUCAUAUUUUCACAAACUUGCACUUAUUUUUUGCUUAGCAAUCUCUUCACUCAUGGCGGUACAAUUUUUUUUAUAUUUCAUUGCUUUUUACAAAUUGGUAAAAAGAAGCAUUUUGUAUAUUGGAAAUCAGGUUUAGUUAUGGCGUGCCUUUGCCAUUAUUGUUUGUAGUUGCUUGUAACAUAAAUCGUUUCACAUUUAUAUUUUUUAUAGGACUAUAGUGCAUGCAUAAAUAUAUUUUGGCACAAUUUUGACUUUUUCCUAUAUAUUGAAUUUGAAUGAAUUCAUAUUCUAAAGAAAUUGAUAUUUCAUGACAGGUUUGUUGUUGUUGAUUAUUAUUCGUAUUUGUUCCCAAUUAUAUAGAUUUUAAACUAUCUUUCCUUCGAAGCAAAUAAUUUUUUCUUACAUGAAACUUAAAAUUUUUGUCCUUUCGAAGAACAGUUCAUAAAACUACAGCAUAGGUUCAGUUCUCCGUGGAUCAGAAGUAAUUCUAAAGAGGUAAAUAUUUUCUAACUUCAUUAUAUUUCGAAAAAAAAUUCAAUGCCAGAAGUUUUGAUAAAAUUAAGGUAUACUUAUAAUCAAAUUCAUUAGAAUUUUCCUCUGAAUUAAACUGAAUAUUGUUUAGUUUUCAAAUGCUGAAUCCAAAGAAUCUUCCAAAUCGUUUUUUAUUUCAAAUUGAAAGGUCACCUUGUAAUGCGCUUUUUUGUUAUUAAAUAUACUGCUUACUUGUACAAAUUUGAUUACCAGUAUAUACUUUUUUGCUGAAA